UACCACCGUGUUGUACAUGUGGGACAAGUUAAGUCAGUUAAUAAACUGAUAAAUUGUCGACAAAUAUACGAGGGGUAUAAAGACGAAGAUUUUUCUCAAUUCCAGUUAUUUCUAUUCGAUUGCAUAGUUAUUUCUUCAAAACCUCUCGUAUCUCGAUCACGCGCUCUCUCAGCCAAUCACAGGCUGCACAUCACUCAGCCAAUCACAGGCCGCACGUCAUCUGCACCGUCGACUCUAACGCCACAUCGAUAUAGCCUUGAUACCAGGGAGGAAGCUAGGGGAAUGCCAAUGGCGGCGGAAGGUAAGGCUUACGCCUUACAAUAAUUCACUUUUAUUCGACGGCAAUAGUUUACAGAAGAAGAAUGUCUAAUACCGUAGAAAUAAAAUCGUGUCUUGAAACAAAGACUGUUAUUGACGUCGUCAAUAGUAAUAAUGACAUUUACAAAUUGCUCUCGUUCGAAGAAGUGAAAGAAAUAACGAAACGUGUAUUGAACGACGACGUUACUAUGAUGGAAUAUGUCAUUCAAUCAUAUUCCGAUGGCAAACUCGGGUAUCUUGGUUCUCAUUAUCGUCUCGACGUAACAACUUCGGCGAAAAAAGGAGAAAUUGUCGAUUUCUCGCUCUUUCUCAAGACUAUACCCUACGAAGUGCCCGAACAAGCCGAGUACGUGAUAAAGACGCGUGUCUUCGAACGUGAGAUCCAAUUUCACGGUAUUAUAAUGCCGCUGCUCCGCGAGGGAUAUCACGGGAAGCCAUGGGCUCCAACAUGUUACAAGAUGACGGACAAUUUCAUGGUCUUCGAAGACUUGGGUUGUCAAGAUUAUUCGACGCGAAACAAGCUCUUCGACGAGACGUUGGUGCGCGCGGGUUUAAGUACUAUCGCGCGGCUGCACGCUGCUUCUUUGUUGGCGGAGACUCGCCUCGAUGUACCCUUCAAUCAAUUGCAUCCUGAUGCUUUUACAGAGAUAUGCUACGCUCGUGACGAGAACAGGCGAAAGUGGUUGGAAAUAGGUUUCAACGUGGCCGUAUCCAUAGCCGAAAAUCAUGGAUACGAUCCUCAUUUGGUACGCGCAGCUUGCGAGCGGAUAUAUGACAUUGUAAACCUGUCAUGCACGAAGACGAACGUAGUCAGUCACGGGGAUCUCUGGGGCAACAAUAUUAUGUUCAAUAAUGACAUGCCACCCAAUUGCUUGUUAGUAGAUUAUCAACUAGUGAGAUACUGUCCUCUAGCACAUGACAUUGCACAGUUUCUGUAUCUGUGUACGGAUCGAAAUUUCCGUAAAGCUCGGGAAAGCGCGAUGUUGCAGUACUAUUACGAAACGUUAUGUAAGAUCUUGGACGAGCACGAGUCGCCUCGAAAACCCGCCUGGUCAGAAGUAGUCGAGGGCAUGGAGGAGCAACGUUUGGGCGCUAUUAUUACCGCAGUGAUCAUUUUCCCUACGGUUCUGAUAGAAGAGAAUAUCGGCGCACAAAUCUUGGGCAAUUCGGCGUCUUAUACCGAAUUCUCUUUUGGAGAUAGAAUGAAAUUUGUCUCGUCAGUCAUGAAGCAAGAUUCGGUCUACGAGAGAAGGAUUAACGAAACCGUCAUCGAAUUGGCCGAACUCGCUUCACGACUAGAUCAAUUACCAAAACCGUCUUAAAUUCAAAUAGGUAACAAACAUACAAUUGACUCUUACACAUAUUUUAAAUCUUUUCAUUCCGUUGAAACAGUAUUUCAGCAGUAUUUUGCAGUAUUUCAAUUAAUAGAAGAAGACUCAUUUGUUGACUCAUUUUUGAGGAUUGCUCAGUUUAUCUCAUUGUAACAUUUUCCCGCAAUUUUUCCAUGAAUCAAUGGACAAUGUUAUUUUGAUUAUGAAGUACAGUAAAUAGGAAGGAGCAAUCGUGACUAAUAAGCUAUACGUUCAAUUCCGUAUCCUCAUCUUAUGUUUCGUUGGUCGGUGUGACUGCGGAUUUCGUCGACCGCGAUAUCCUCUUUAUCGUCUAAAUUUGAGAGAUCAUCUCGAGCUGAAUCAGCGCUGUCUCUGAAAAAUUACAAGAAGGUUAAUAUGAUGCUGCGUACAAGCAUUCAAGUACGAUAACUUUAAUGAUUGUUGUCCUGUCAACGACAAGAUGAGUGAUGAGCGUAGCUCAUCGGCGACAAAGUAUGAGCUGAUACGCUGAGCAACUGAAAAAAGAAAAAAGAGAAUAAUGAUAUUAAAUGUGCAAAAGUAGAAUUGAGAUCGAUUCGAUUCAGGAUUUUACCAGUUAAAGAAGAAGCUUUAUAUACUGACAAAAGGUAAAACCGUUCGAGAGUAAAUGAUCAACUAAUUAGUUUUAAGGCUGACGCAACGAACGUCUCAGUGAUAAUUUGUGCAAUUCCCGUAAUUUUCUACUUCAGAUCUAGAUUAAUCCGUCUCUGUCGCAACCCACACGAAUAUUCUUCGUUACGUGUACAUUUUAGCGACAAACGAAUAUAUUACUGUAGUUAAGACACAAAGUGUGCAAGAGAAUGAGUGCGCUUAAAAAUGAUUAAAAAAUUAUUUUUUUAAGAGAAAAAUAAAUAUAUUUUUUGAAACACAUUUUAAGCUGUAAAAUGAUUUUGAUUUCGUCUAAAUGCUUUAAACAUGUUUAACAUAUAAGCAAAAUUUUUGGAAAAACUUCAUGUUUUUCGAUCCUUCUUGG